CAGCUGCACGAUUCUGUUUGGCUUGGUGCAUGAAUGUCAAUUGACAGAUCGACUACUUCUUUGCCAUCUUUCCAUAUUCCUUUUUUACUAUAGUGCUUCCACCGGGUUGAUCUACGCUCCGCUCCAUCGAAGGAGUUCAAGUUCAAGUUCAAGUCAAAAUGGGGACGUUUGGAUCUCAGAUCAGCGCCUAUAACCGGCUGGUGACGAUCUUCGUUGCGGUUGGAUCGCUGACAUACGGCUACUGCUCCUCGAUUAUCUCCAGCACCAUCGGCCAGCCAGGAUGGUACACGUACUUCGAACUUCCGCAGGAGGGCGAGCCCGGAUACGCGUCCACCACCACCCCGGCUAUCUCGACGGCGAACGGCGUUUCCAGCGCCGGGGGCGCCGUGGGAGCGCUGUUCCUCAUGUGGUCGUGUGAUUUCUUUGGACGCAAGCGGAAUAUCCAACUGGGUGCUUUCCUGGCCAUGUUUGGUGGCGCGCUUCAGGGAGGUGCCAACUCGCUCGAGAUGUUUCAAGCGGGACGGUUUGCCUGCGGGCUCGGGAUCGGGAUCCUGGUGACUGUUUGCCCGAUGUACCUCUCCGAGAUGUCGAGUGCGUGUCGACGCGGUUGGCUCGUGGGUCACCACGCCAUCUUUCUCGUGUUUGGGUAUAUGCUGGCUGGAUGGGUCGGCUAUGCGUGCUAUUUCGCAGAGAAACUCGGCUCGUUCGGUUGGAGGUUCCCCCUUUGUCUCCAGUGCUUGCCGCCGCUGGUGCUGCUGCUGGGGUCUCCGUGGCUGCCUCGCUCUCCGCGCUGGCUGGUCAGCAAGGGCAAGCACGAGGAGGCUAAACUGGUCCUUCGGAGACUGAGGAAAUCGCCCGAUGAUCCUAAUGACCUCGUCGCCAAGGAAGAGUAUUAUCAGACGGCGGAACAGAUCCGUCUCGAGGGCGAGAGGCUGUCGGCAUACGGUAACGUGUGGAAGGCUGUCAUCCAGAAGAAGUCAUACCGAAAGCGCAUGGCCAUUGGGUUUCUCACCCAGUGGGGCGCUGAGUUUGGUGGCCCUCUAAUUAUCAACAACUAUGCCGUGAUUCUGUAUACCAACCUGGGUAUGACAGGCGGCAUGCCGUUGCUGCUGAGCGCCGUAUGGCUAACAACCGCUGGGGUCAUCUACAACCCACUCGGCGCCUGGCUCCACGACAGGGUGAACUCGCGUCGAGGAAUGUACAUGACAGGAUUUGUCGGGAUCAUUGUGACCACCUCCUGUUUGGCAGCCAUGACCGCCAAGUACGCGGGAACCGACAACCGGGUUGGAAACGCAUUCGGGAUUCUGUUCAUGUACCUUUAUCUCGCGUUCCAAGGAACCUUCUGCGACACGACCAUGUACCUCUACGUCUCUGAGAUCUUUCCCACCGAGAUCCGUCCGAUUGGCAUGGGCUUCUCGCUCUUCGGGCAAUUUGCCGACGCAGCAACCCUAAUCUUACUUCAAACGGCACCUAUGGGCUUCGACAACGUCGGAUGGAAGUACUAUCUGGUCAUCAUCUGCUGGUCUGUCUUCUUCAUCCCAGUCAUCUACUUCUUUUUCCCCGAAACCGCCCGGUUGACCCUGGAAGAGAUUGCGAAGAACUUUGGCGAAGAGGUGGCUGUCCAUCUGACCGACGCCACGGACGAAGAGAAAGCCCGUCUCCAGCGAGAUCUGGGGGAGAGGCCUGGAAGCUCGCAGCCGUCCAGUGCUUCGGAGAUGGAACUUCGCGAGAAGCAAGACUCGCCGUGA